AUGGUUUCUUCUCCUACUCUCCUAUCUCUUCUCUGUCUCUCUUCCCUUCUUCUUACUUGGUUUCUCUGUGUAGUUGCCGAAGAAGCAAACCUUUCCAACAAAAUUGGCCAGGGCUACCGUCUCAUAUCCAUUAAAAAUACCCCUGAUGGUACCCUUGUUGGGCUCCUCCAAGUUAAGCAGAAAAACAAUAUCUAUGGCCCUGACAUUGCCCUUUUACGAUUAUAUGUCAAGCACGAGUCUGAUAACCGUUUGAGGGUACACAUCACUGACGCAAAGAAACAAAGGUGGGAGGUUCCUUACGACCUCUUGCCAAGGGAGCAACCACCAGGAGUGAAACAAAACAUUGAGUGGUCGAGGAUGAAGAAGAAGAACCAAAUAUCAUUGUCAGAAAACAGUUACUCUGGCUCUGAGCUUGUCUUCAGCUACACUUCGGAUCCGUUUAGUUUUGCAGUAACAAGGAAGUCAAAUGGGGAUACCCUUUUUGACUCCAGUUCAAAUGAGUUGAACACAUUGGUCUUCAAGGACCAGUACUUGGAAAUUUCUACCAAAUUGCCCAAACACGCUUCUCUGUAUGGUUUUGGGGAGAACACACAGCCACACGGGAUCAAACUGUACCCAAGUGACCCUUACACUUUGUAUACCACUGAUGUCUCAGCUAUUAAUCUCAACACUGAUUUAUACGGGGCACACCCUGUGUACAUGGAUCUCAGAAAUGAAGGUGACAAGCCUUAUACACAUGGUGUUCUAUUGCUGAAUAGCAAUGGAAUGGACGUGUUCUAUAGAGGAACCUCACUGACGUACAAGGUCAUUGGGGGAGUGCUCGAUUUUUACUUCUUUGCUGGACCCACGCCUCUGAAUGUUGUGGAUCAGUACACUUCCUUAAUUGGCAGACCAGCUCCAAUGCCUUACUGGGCCUUUGGAUUCCACCAAUGCAGAUGGGGCUAUCAUAAUCUAUCUGUGGUAGAAGAUGUGGUCGAGAACUACAAGAAGGCUAAAAUCCCACUUGAUGUGAUCUGGAAUGAUGAUGAUCACAUGGAUGGCCACAAGGACUUCACACUCAAUCCAAUUAACUACCCUCAUUCCAAGCUUUUAGACUUCCUGGACAGAAUACAUAGCAUUGGCAUGAAAUACAUUGUAAUCAUUGAUCCAGGAAUCGCUGUUAACUCCAGCUAUGGUGUAUAUCAAAGGGGUAUGGCUAAUGAUGUUUUUAUUAAGUAUGAAGGUGAACCAUUCUUGGCUCAAGUUUGGCCAGGAGCUGUAUAUUUUCCUGAUUUUCUCAAUCCAAAAACAGUUUCAUGGUGGGUUGAUGAGAUCCGUCGCUUCCAUGAACUAGUCCCUGUUGAUGGCCUAUGGAUUGACAUGAAUGAAGCUUCAAAUUUCUGCUCAGGAAAGUGCACAAUUCCUAAGGGAAAAAUGUGCCCAAGUGGAACAGCACCUGGGUGGAUUUGUUGCUUAGAUUGUAAAAACAUCACAAGCACGAGGUGGGAUGAACCUCCCUACAAAAUUAACGCUUCAGGAUUACAGGCCCCUAUAGGCUUCAAAACUAUAGCCACUAGUGCAACUCACUAUAACGGGGUUUUAGAGUAUGAUGCUCAUAGCAUCUAUGGUUUCUCUCAAUCCAUUGCAACUCACAAGGCCCUUCAAGGGCUUCAAGGUAAAAGGCCUUUCAUAUUGUCCCGCUCCACUUAUGUGGGUUCAGGCAAAUAUGCUGCACAUUGGACUGGUGACAAUAAGGGCACGUGGGAGGACUUGAGGUACUCAAUAUCUACAAUGCUCAAUUUUGGAAUAUUUGGGGUACCAAUGGUUGGUUCAGACAUAUGUGGUUUUUAUCCAGCACCCACUGAAGAGCUUUGCAAUAGGUGGAUUGAAGUUGGUGCUUUCUACCCUUUCUCAAGGGACCAUGCAAACUUCGGGUCCCCUAGACAGGAGCUUUACCAAUGGGAAUCAGUAGCUGAGUCUGCUAGAAAUGCUUUAGGAAUGAGGUAUAAGCUCCUCCCUUAUCUAUACACCCUGAACUAUGAAGCACAUAUCAGUGGAGCACCAAUUGCAAGGCCUCUUUUCUUCUCAUUUCCAACUUACACUGAAUGUUACGAUCUCAGCAGUCAGUUCUUACUGGGGAGCAGUCUAAUGAUUUCUCCAGUGCUUGAGCAAGGAAAAACACAAGUUACAGCACUUUUCCCUCCUGGAACCUGGUACUCUUUGUUUGAUUUCACACAGACCAUUGUAUCAAAAGACGGGAACUAUGUUACCCUUGAUGCACCUUUGCAUGUGGUCAAUGUGCAUCUGUAUCAGAAUACAAUUCUUCCAAUGCAACAGGGUGGAGUGAUAUCUAAGGAUGCUAGAAUGACACCCUUCAGCCUCAUUGUAACCUUCCCGGCUGGUGCAGCUGAAGGAGAAGCCAAAGGGAAGCUAUUCCUUGAUGAUGAUGAGCUUCCAGAUAUGAAACUUGGAAGUGGCUAUUCAACCUACAUUGAUUUCCAUGCAACUGUCAAAGAAGGAAACGUUAAAGUUUGGUCAGAAGUUCAAGAGGGCAAGUUUGCUCUAGAUAAAGGUUGGGUUAUUGACACAAUAAAAGUGUUGGGAUUAAACAGAAAUGGAGCACUAGCUAAAAUUGAGGUUGAUGGAGAACCACUGAUGGACAUCUCAAAUGUGCAAGUUAGUACGACUCAACAUAACUACUUGUUUGGACAGGGAGAUGUAGGUGAGAUAUUGAUGGUAGGAUUGAAGGGAUUGAAUAUCCCUGUAGGUACAAAUUUUGCUGUGACCUGGAAUCAUCUUUAA